AGAAAUCAUGGGGUCAGAGGUCAUCGCUGCGGCCCCGCUGAUUGGUAGACUAAUUUCGGCCAUCUUGGAUUGUAGCGGGGAAGACAGAUUGAUGCGGUGACACACGGGAUGUUUGGUGCUAACCGGAAGAAGUUUAUGGAGGGAGGGAUAGAGAGCGACUACACGGACGAGUCCAGCCUCUAUUACAGCCCACAGUCCAUGUUCCCUCCUCACAGAGCCGACAAAGACAUGUUGUCGUCUUCCUCUGCCUCCUCAUCGGGUCAGCUGUCUCAGCUGGGAGCCAGUCUGUACGGGCCUCAGAGUGCUCUGGGCUUUCCCAUGCGGGGGAUGAACAGCAGCUCCACACCUCAGCUCAGUCGAAGCGGGCUCAACCAGUCAGCCAGUCAGCUCUCCAGUACUCCCAGUUCUGGCUCUUUGCACACGCCGCCCUCGCCGAGCAGAGGCAUCCUGCCCAUGAGCAGCCGCAGCGUCCUGAACCACAACCAGCAGGUGGGCGGGCCGACGGGGCAAACGGGCGGGAUGGGAGGAGAGAGGGGCGGCGGCGGAGGAGGGAGGAGCGGCGGCAUGGGCAGCCCCAGCCGGUCGUCUCCGAGCAUCAUCGGCAUGCCCAAGCAGCAGCAGGCGCGGCAGCCGUUCACCAUCAACAGUAUGUCAGGAUUUGGCGUGAACAGGAACCCAGGCUUCAACAUGAACAACUCCCUAUCCAACAACAUCUUUAACGGCACAGACGGCAGCGAGAAUGUGACGGGCUUGGACCUGUCAGACUUCCCCGCGUUAGCCGACCGAAAUCGGAGGGACGGAGGUUCAAAUCCCACCCCAUUGCUCAAUCCGCUGGCCGGUCGGGCGCCUUACGUUGGCAUGGUAACCAAGCCAUCCAGUGAACAGUCGCAGGACUUCUCCAUCCACAACGAAGACUUCCCCGCUCUCCCAGGGCCAAAUUACCAAACAAAAGAUCCCACCAGCAGCAGUGAAGACAACAAAACGAAUUUGAACUCGUCAGGAAAGUCCACUUCCAGCUCGGAUGGUCCAAAGUUUCCAGGCGAUAAGAGUUCUACUCCAAGCAACAACAACCAGCAGAAAAAAGGGAUUCAGGUUCUUCCUGACGGGCGAGUGACCAACAUCCCCGUCGGCAUGGUAACAGACCAGUUCGGAAUGAUCGGUUUGCUGACGUUCAUCCGGGCAGCAGAGACGGAUCCGGGGAUGGUUCAUCUGGCGCUGGGCUCCGACUUAACCACACUCGGGCUGAACCUCAACUCACCAGAGAAUCUCUAUCCUAAGUUUUCGUCUCCGUGGGCGUCAGCUCCCUGCCGACCGCAGGAUAUCGACUUCCACGUUCCCUCAGAGUAUUUAACCAACAUCCACAUACGGGAUAAGUUAGCGGCUAUCAAGUUGUCUCGGUAUGGAGAGGACCUGCUGUUUUAUCUUUACUACAUGAAUGGAGGAGACCUGCUACAACUGCUGGCUGCAGUAGAACUGUUUAACAGGGACUGGAGGUACCAUAAAGAGGAGCGGGUCUGGAUCACCCGAGCUCCUGGAAUGGAGCCCACGCUGAAGACCAACGCCUACGAGCGAGGAACCUACUACUUCUUUGAUUGUCUCAACUGGAGGAAGGUGGCCAAGGAGUUUCAUCUGGAGUACGACAAACUAGAAGAGCGACCUCAUGUUCCCUCCACCUUCAACUACAAUCCUGCCCAGCAGGCCUUCUGAUUGGCUCUCCCUCUUGCCUGCCUCUCUGCCAUUGGUCGUCCUGGCAUAUCAGCCACUCCCCCCUUUAGGUUUAGUCAGAUGAAUCUGGCCUGUAGGAGCUCAGGACAGAAGAGGAUGUCCAGGUUCCCGAGCACAUUUCCGAAAGACUCAUUUUAACCAUUAUUAAUUUAUCUUUACCUCAUUUUUUAAAAACGUUUUAUUCCCUUUUUUUUGUUUGUUUUUUUUUGUUGACGUCACACAGACUCUGUAAAUAACUGUCCAUCUGAUGAAGUGACUCUUGUUUCUAUGAGAAUUGACUAUUUUUGUCUAAAGAUGCUUUAAAAAGAAGCAGAUUUUAACAGAGAAAGCAGGAUUGAAGCAUUCGAUGGAUAAUUAUUUCAGAGCCAUGGCAGAACCUAAAACCAGUUUUUAUUUCAUCAAGGAUUUCCCAGAACGCACAUCAUCCAACAGAAAAUCAGGACAGGAAAUGCAAUGUACAUUGUAGCACUAUUUCAUAAUAAAAGAGGAAGAAAAAUCCCUUUUUUUUAUUUUUAUCGUUUCUUUUCAGCAAAACCUGAGCGGCUCAGCAGACAGACGACGACAGUUUUUAAGUGACUGUUUGCUUCGUUUCAGACUAAAAUUCUUUUGUCAACAAUCAGGUUGAAGGUUUUUCUGCCUCUGGACCGUCUUUCCUUCAAGAUUCGAUAGAACCGUUAAAAGAUGCCACCAGCACAUCCUUUUCCCUCCAAAUUGAUGACUUGUGGUUCUGUUUUGAUCUGACCUUACAGCUCUCUUUCUCUUUCAUUUUUUAAACACAUUUUCAAUCCUCUCUUUGUCUUCAACCAUCUAAUUACAGUUUUCCUCUUAGCCAAACCAGGCGGAUGGUUCCCGUUUGAAUUCAGGGGUAAAUGAAAUGUGUCGGGAAGCGGUCGACGUGACGCGCACCUCUUCGUUUAGCACUUACCUGACGGGGCGGCGCCCGCAGUUUUCCUGAGGUUGUCGGCUGAGUUCCGGACACGUUCAGGAUUCUAGUGACGGCGCGUUCAGGUGAACGCCUUCUGCCAGUCCGAACCGUCCCACAGAAGCUCCCAGUGCUAGCCUGAAGGAAAGCUAGCCGUGACCUACAGUUGGGAGGCGCCACAUUCACAUAAAUAUAUGUUCGUAAGAUAUUCAUACGUGUCUUCAAUGCAGCUUUUUACAAAAAUGCAUAAAUCCAUAAAAACCCCAGUUGCUCCGUUCACCCACGCAAUACUAGACUUCCUGUUUCCACGCAAACCCCCCCACCCGCCCCCCCAAGGAGGCAUCAGGGACCACGAACAACCUGUCACCCACAACAAUUUCUGAGUCGCCAUGGCAACGGGGUCCAGCUCCCUCAUGGCAGCUGUAAAGCCAAGGACACGCCCACAGACCCAUGUGACCCGUGUUUGAGGAUUUAAUUGAAGGAGGAGGACUGAGGCACUUGGCCGUUGGGUGUUUUAAUAAAUAUGGCAGCUAGUGUUUUAAUAGGAAAAAAAAAAGUCAAAUAAAUAUUCUGGUAAUGAAACUGAA